AUGGAAGCUUCCCCCGUCAUGUCCUUCUUCGAUGACGACGAGUCGCGGUGGAAUGCCCUGCAGACCCGGAACCCCGUCUCGGACGGCUUCUUCGUCUACGGCGUGCGCUCCACCAAGAUCUACUGCCGGCCCAUCUGUAAAGCCCGCCUGGCCCGGCGGGCCAAUGUGACCUUCUACCAGACCUCGCGGCAGGCGCAGGACGCCGGCUUCCGCGCCUGCAAGCGGUGUAAGCCCGAGGUCGAGGGCCUCAUGCCUGAGGAGCGCGCGGUAAGGCGGAUACGCGCCUUUGUCCGCGACGGCGGCGAGAGCAAGUCCUGCAGAGCUGGCAAGGCCGGCGCCAGGUUAAGCCUCGGCCAGAUGGCCAAGGAGGUCGGCCUGUCCAAGUGGCACUUCCACCGUGUGUUUAAGCGGUGCGUGGGCAUGACGCCCGUCGAGUACGUCAAGAGGCAGCGGCUAGCCGCCAGCAGUAGAGAGUGUCCAGCAGUGGACAUGGUGCCCGAGGAUGCGACGGUCGACCCGGAGCCCGUCACGCCGAGCUCGGGCAUGGACGACUUCUCGUGGUUCAACGAGUCUCUGUUCACCGGCAACUUGGGCGAGCUGUCCGAUAUUGGCUCCAGCUCGGCCUCCGGUUCUACCUCCGGUCCUGGGAGCGUCGUUGCCCUGCCGCAGGAUGACACGCUGGCUCUCCUGAACGAGGAAUGCCUGUGGACCGAUUUCUUACAAUGGCCCGAGGACGGGCUGAUCCAAACUCCCUGA